GACCAGCUGCUAAUAAGUGGGCUUGGCUUACAAUGUAACAGUGGCAGGAGGAGGCGAGCGAAGCUAUUGAGCCAGCGAGGAGUGAAGCUGAGCCUGGCCUCACACGCUCCUAGAGGACCACCUCCUGAGAGUUCUUUCACCCCCUCUUCUUUCUCCAAGCUCCCCUCCUGCUCUCCCUCCCUGCCCAAUACAAUGCAUUCGUGAGUGGCAGCGUCUGGACUCCAGGCAGCCCCAGAGAACCGAAGCAAGCCAAAGAGAGAGGACUGGAGCCAAGACACUGGUGGGGAAGAUUGGAUGCCUGGCUUUCUUUGAGAACAUCUUUGGAGCGAGGGUGGCUUUGGGGUGGGGGCUUGUGCUGCAGGGAAUACAGCCAGGCCCCAAGAUGGACACUUCUGGGCACUUCCAUGACUCGGGGGUGGGGGACCUGGAUGAAGACCCCAAGUGCCCCUGUCCAUCCUCUGGGGAUGAGCAGCAGCAGCAACAGCAGCAGCAGCAGCCGCCGCCACCACCGCCAGCGCCACCAGCAGCCCCCCAGCAGCCCCCAGGACCCUCGCUGCAGCCUCAGCCUCCGCAGCUUCAGCAGCAGCAGCAGCAGCAGCCACCGCAUCCCCUGUCUCAGCUCGCCCAACUCCAGAGCCAGCCUGUCCACCCUGGCCUGCUGCACUCCUCUCCCACCGCUUUCAGGGCCCCCCCUUCGUCCAACUCCACCGCCAUCCUCCACCCUUCCUCCAGGCAAGGCAGCCAGCUCAAUCUCAAUGACCUCUUGCUUGGCCACUCUCCAAGUUCCACAGCUACAAGUGGGCCUGGUGGAGGCAGCCGGCACCGGCAGGCCAGCCCCCUGGUGCACCGGCGGGACAGCAACCCCUUCACGGAGAUCGCCAUGAGCUCCUGCAAGUAUAGCGGUGGGGUCAUGAAGCCCCUCAGCCGCCUCAGCGCCUCCCGGAGGAACCUCAUCGAGGCCGAGACUGAGGGCCAACCCCUCCAGCUUUUCAGCCCCAGCAACCCCCCGGAGAUCGUCAUCUCCUCCCGGGAGGACAACCAUGCCCACCAGACCCUGCUCCAUCACCCUAAUGCCCACAACCACCAGCAUGCCGGCACCACCGCCAGCAGCACCACCUUCCCCAAAGCCAACAAGCGGAAAAACCAAAACAUUGGCUAUAAGCUGGGACACAGGAGGGCCCUGUUUGAAAAGAGAAAGCGACUGAGUGACUAUGCUCUGAUUUUUGGGAUGUUUGGAAUUGUUGUUAUGGUGAUAGAGACCGAGCUCUCUUGGGGUUUGUACUCAAAGGACUCCAUGUUUUCGUUGGCCCUGAAAUGCCUUAUCAGUCUGUCCACCAUCAUCCUUUUGGGCUUGAUCAUCGCCUACCACACACGUGAAGUCCAGCUCUUCGUGAUUGACAAUGGCGCGGAUGACUGGCGGAUAGCCAUGACCUACGAGCGCAUCCUCUACAUCAGCCUGGAGAUGCUGGUGUGUGCCAUCCACCCCAUUCCUGGCGAGUACAAGUUCUUCUGGACAGCGCGCCUGGCCUUCUCCUACACACCCUCCCGGGCGGAGGCCGAUGUGGACAUCAUCCUGUCUAUCCCUAUGUUCCUGCGCCUGUACCUGAUCGCCCGAGUCAUGCUGCUGCACAGCAAGCUCUUCACUGAUGCCUCAUCCCGCAGCAUCGGGGCCCUCAACAAGAUCAACUUCAACACCCGCUUCGUCAUGAAGACGCUCAUGACCAUCUGCCCUGGCACUGUGCUGCUCGUGUUCAGUAUCUCUUUGUGGAUCAUUGCUGCCUGGACCGUCCGCGUCUGUGAAAGGUACCAUGACCAGCAGGACGUAACUAGUAAUUUUCUGGGCGCUAUGUGGCUCAUCUCCAUCACAUUCCUUUCCAUUGGUUAUGGAGACAUGGUGCCCCACACAUACUGUGGGAAAGGUGUCUGUCUCCUCACUGGCAUCAUGGGUGCAGGCUGCACUGCCCUUGUGGUGGCCGUGGUGGCCCGAAAGCUGGAACUCACCAAAGCAGAGAAGCACGUUCACAACUUCAUGAUGGACACCCAGCUCACCAAGCGGAUCAAGAAUGCUGCAGCCAAUGUCCUUCGGGAAACAUGGUUAAUCUACAAACACACAAAGCUGCUAAAGAAGAUUGACCAUGCCAAAGUCAGGAAGCACCAGAGGAAGUUCCUCCAGGCUAUCCACCAGCUGAGGAGCGUCAAGAUGGAGCAGAGGAAGCUCAGCGACCAAGCCAACACCCUGGUGGAUCUUUCCAAGAUGCAGAAUGUCAUGUAUGACUUAAUCACAGAACUCAAUGACCGGAGCGAAGACCUGGAGAAGCAGAUUGGCAGCCUGGAGUCCAAGCUGGAGCAUCUCACCGCCAGCUUCAACUCCCUGCCGCUGCUCAUCGCCGACACCCUGCGCCAGCAGCAGCAGCAGCUCCUGUCUGCCAUCAUCGAGGCCCGGGGUGUCAGCGUGGCAGUGGGCACCACCCACACCCCCGUCUCUGAUAGCCCGAUUGGGGUGCCUCUACUUGGGAGCGGGAAGAGGAGAUGAGGAAGCGACGCCUCUGGCAGGGCCCUUGCUGCAGAGCUGGUGGAGAACAGAAAUCCACGCUCAAUCUCAGGUCUUCACGUGGGGGGUGGGGGUCAGAUGCACUGAAGUAGCCAACAGUGAAGCAAGUCCAGAAGAGGGGUCCACUGGGAGAGGGGGUCAUGUCAGGCUUGGGGAAUGGGUUCUUUACCAUGGGGGUCUUUGAACACGCCUGCCUCUCUUCCUUUUGUCUACAGAAGCCUCUGUGUGACGAAAGGAAAAGAGAGCUGCCCACAACUUGCCAAAACAAAUAUACCCAAAUCAGACCGAAAAAAAAAAAAAAAGACACAGACGAAUAAAAAGCCAGGUUUUCCCCUCAAUAUAAACACCCAUAUAAACCUGUGUGUUUGCAAGCGUGUACAUGUACACACACACAUCCAGCUUUCGGUCCAGGUCCUUUCUUAUUUGAGCUUAAUCCAAAUAAAAAGGGACUUGACACCUUACCCUGCACACAGUAGGCACCCGUUCCAUGGGUGUUGAGCUGGUUUGAAUCUGAACGUGGGGUGCUUUCAGUUCAGGUAGUUGUCUAGCACCGGACACAUUCUGAGUUUCACUGAAGGUGCGGUCCCUUCAGACACAAUGCACAUUGCUUCGUCCUGGAUAUGCCCCUUGCUUGAUUUGAAAUGGAUGCCAAGCCAAAAUUGUUGGCAUUCAGGAGGGGUAAGCAGGCUUCUAAAAAUAACAGCAUCUACGGUUUUCUUCUUCCAUCCAAAGAAGCUUGUGUUUUGAUGGACCACAUGACCAGGUGUAUGUCUGUAUGCGUGGGAGGGAGAGGACAAGAAAUUGUGCGUGUGUGUGUGCAGACAUGUACCGACAAGAGCAACUCAAUAACACCUUAGAGAAUAGAAGUAUGCUUUGGAGAUUUGCUGAGCUGUAUUUAUCCGGCAACAGGUUUCCAGCCCCAGAUGUUAGGAGUGCAAAAGGGCCAAGUGCCUCACCUGUGAGCCUCUGAGCUGGGAGAAGUGAUGAAGCGUGGCCCAUGUGGUCCCUUCUACCUGACCUGAAGUCAUCUCAGAAUGAAAUGUUGUGAGAAUAAAGGGAGCCCUUAGGGAGCCCUGUGGGUAAGGUAAGAGGACAUAGAUUUGUCAGUAGCCUGUUCCCACUGUGCCAUGUUAAUCUUGGUGCAAAAACUAUUCCGAUGCAUCUCAAACUCCAAGAGACUUCAGAAACAUCAAGGUUCAGUGUGGUGAGAGGCACUGAAAAAUUUUUUCAUUGCUCCGUAAUCUGACCACACGUAGCAUUCAUGGUAUGAAAACUGUUGCGUUACUCAUCACUUUUCUCAUUCUGAGGUCUUUGGUUUCUGCCUGUGGGAAAUUGAAUGGCACUGUGUGGACUAUUUCAUCUGUGGCAGGUAAAACUAAAGAGUGAUUUUUUGCCUGUGGUUGUCAUCUUGGGUUUACCUUUGUAAGAAGACAUCAUCGCCAUUCUGAAGGCAGUGCCUUGGCAUGGAGAUUUUUCUUCUGCAGCACUGGACCUGUUCUUCUAAGGACAGCACAAGGUAGACAACUGCAGAGCCAAAGCCGCUCUUUCAGGAAGAUCCAGUCUCUUGCUAGCGCUCUUCUGUCUCUUGCUAUUGCUGCUGCUCCUUUGAUGCUUUAUAGUCUUAAUGGCUUGCCUUGAUAAUUCCUUUGAACACUUUCGUUAGUCGUUUUGCAUACCAGAGAUGCCACACUUGCUGUUGGCUUAUUUUUUUACUUGUCCUUUUAACUGUUGAUUAUCUGAAAGUUUCCCCUCCUUUUUUCAUGUCCCAAGAAUGGUGCUCCUGUUUUCAGUGACAGUUCAGCUGAACAUAUAAGCAGAUGUGUAAACAGAUGAAAUAACCAUGCAGUUUCCUUGUGGUAUUAGUUCCAUUUCACGAAGUGAAGACCACUGGUGGGCUGAUCUGAGUGUGCCAAUCCUUAUCAUUUAAACCUACAGCCUUCAACUAGUGAUUCUUAUUCACCUCUUUCAUUCUGCUGUAACCCCGUGAUAUGUGUGCAUGUGGGUGUGGGUGUGGGUGUAUGCGCAUAUAGAGAUUUAGUCUUAAUUUCAACCAAAUGACAUGCAAGAUUCCACUGCCACUCUUCCUGGCCAAAAGUGUGCACAGACUGUGAUUUAUCCAUUGUGGUCUGCGAAUAAUUCUUUCACCCAUCACUGAUGCUCUCACUUAGUUAAACCCUAAAGACCAAACUAGCAACAUUAGUCAAGGAAGUGAUGGGAGUUCUUUCUGGUAGCAGUAGCCACUGGCAUCCUAGAAACACAUGGACAUUCGUAGCAUGACUUGACCUAUUGGUAGUGCAAUAGCUAUAUAUGAUUUUUUUUCUUGGCAAGAUAAUACUUAUGCUUCAAAAAAAAAUGAUCGAACCUGCACGUUGAUCCUGUAAUAGCAAAUGGAAAGCUAUUCCUCUGUACUAGCAUUCAGCUUUAUGUGGGAAAGUUACCUGUUCUGCCGCAAGUACAAUCAACUCUUGAUGACUUAGGUAUAAUUAUUCUGGGUGUAACUCACCCAAGUUUUCUUCCUACACCUUUCGGCUAAUUCCACCACACCUCAGCAUCACAGUCAGAUGGGAAAAGGGGCAGGUGGAUUCUUAUGUCAUGCCUUCUUGCACCUUACUUUCAAGUUUUGUAGUGGAGGAGGUUUAAUUAUCUGCUCAAGAAUUGGCUAUAGCCAGGCGCAGUGGCUCACACCUGUAAUCCCAGCAUUUUGGGAGGCCGAGGAGACAGGAUCACCUGAGAUCAGAAGUUCAAGAUCAGCCUGGCCAACAUGGCGAAACCCCAUCUCUACUAAAAAUAUAAAAAUUAGCUGUGUUGGUGGGUAGCUAUAGUCUCAGCUACUUGGGAGGCCGAGGCAGGAGAAUAACUUGAACCCGAGAGGCAGAGGUUGCAGUGAGCUAAGAUUGCACCACUGCUCUCCAGCCUCUCAAGCAAGGCUCCAUCUCAAAAAAAAAAAUUGGCUAUAUGUAAAAACUAUUAAUUAUGGUAACCUCACUUCAAUACUGUACUGAUCAAGAUGUGCCCACUCCUGGAGGACUGACCCAAUGGCAGAUCCCCUCCUAUAAUCUUUCUGAUAACUCAGUGACAGAUAAAAUCACUCUAAUAUUCCCUAAAAUAUCUAGACACUUGAAUUAGAAAUAAGGAGCCACCCCCCUCCCUGUUGCUUAAGCCAUAUUAUAGCUUCAUGUACUGUAAAGUCAGGGAUGUACUGUGAUACUUUAAGACCACUAAUCUCAGUGGAAUUCAGGACAUAGCAUUAGUUGGUAAAUUAUACCAGAGUAGGGGCUCAUUCCUCCUUAGAUUGAAGUCCAAAUAAAAGUCUUCACCCUUGGAUCAAAGGCCACACAUAUGUGAUCAUCAUCAAUAAAUUGUCAUAAAGUGUCUACGAACUGUUCUUGCCAUCUUCAUAACACGUAACUUCAUGACAUCAUGUCUCUAGAAGUGCUUAAUACAAUCCAAAAGAACAAGAGGGGGAAGGCCCCGAGCCACCACUGACCGACCUCAGCAGGGGCCAGUGGUAGAACAACAAUCUUGUGAAUUAGGAGACAUAGAAAAUGUACGCGAAAGUAAAUUCCAAGCACUGAGCAUAUACAAGCUAUUUUUAUUAUUAAAGGCCAAGAAGGAACAGCAUUGAAGAAGUAAUGAUUUUAAUCUAUUGGGGGAUUUCCCCCUUAAAUUUUUAUAAUUUCUUUGUGAAUAAACAAUCAUGGAAAAGAAGAAACCUAGUGAUACAGAAUCAGAAUAAAUAAAAAUCUAAGACUGGAUCCACAUCUUUGGCCAAUUCAUAUAACCACCUCAUUCAUCAGUUUCUCUGUACCUAAAAGAAGAGAAUAGUUAAUAUUCUUAAGUACAAAGAAUUCAAUAGAGAACAACUGAAAUCCCCUUUGUCAUCAACAGCAGCCUAGACUGACUGUAUCCAAUCCACAACUUGAUGUUACAUUUGAAUGCAGUCAGUAGCUACCAAAAAGUGCAUAUUAAAUAGUGGUAAAAUCAGCAGGGAGAAGUAUGGGAUUAGCACAUAGUCCCAGGACUUUCCUCCUCCUCCAGAGUGCAACUCAACAAACAGUACACUCCAAAUUGAGAAUCAGUGUUUCACCCAGAACAAACGGUGUUGCUCCCAUCACAGUGCCACAGCUGAAAUACUGUGAAGUCAUUGCACUACCAGUAGGUCCUACUCUUUUUAAGUUACUGUUUUUAAAUCCUAAAAUAUGUCCCCAGUUUUCUAUAUUCAUUCUUCUCUGAGAGUUGCUAGAAGCAGAUGAAGGAUCCCUAUUGACUCUGCAGGGUUGGAUUUCAGUACCUUAGACAGCUACCUUGUGGCUUCCCGGGAGGCACAAACAACCCCUUCUCUCUCCUUGCAGUCCGUGGGCUUGCUGACGCCCCGACACUAUCCUUUCCUUCUCUACUGCCGCCCAAGUAAACGUUCAGGAAAUGGGAUCAUUGGCACCACUAAGAAAGGAGUUUACAGGGAUAGAAAUAUUAACUGUCUGCUUGUGGUAGUAGAAAGCUUGUGCCAGGCUGCAUGAAUAGAAAUUAACGUUAAACUCCUGUCAGACAAGUAAUACGUAGAUUUUUAUUGAAACAGACCGCAGCUUAUUAAAAAGUACUCAGUGCAAUGGUAUAUACAUAUAUACAGAUAGAAAAAAUAUAUAACUGUGAUCUUUUUGUCUUAUGCCAUUACUGGAAACACCCAAACAUGAACUGGAGCUCCCUCUGAACAAAACCAUUGUCAAAUCUCCAACUUAUGACCUCCAAAUCUAGGUGCCAAGUGCCCUGUGACAGUUGUUUACACACCUGAAAAAUGUAUCCUGGAAGCUGUAAUCUUGGGCGUGGGCUAUGUGUUGAAACAAAAGAGACAUCGUGACCAACCAAGCUGGUGGAGGAAAAGCACAAAAUUCAACACCAACCUGCAGUUAGGAUCCCAAAGAGAUGUUGACAUUUAUAGCCAAAAAGAAAAAGUACAUAUACAUGUCUGAAUCUGAUCAAAGCAGCCAGCAUCCAGCUUCACAGAAGAAGGACAUGGAAUAAACAUCCUCUAGCUGUGUCAUGUUGUCUCGGUUUUUGAAUCUCAACCAGGACUGAUCCACCUUCAUCAGAUACGGUUUUUAAUGGCGCAACAACUCAGUUUUGGUCCCAGACUCUCCAUUCUGCACUGGCCACAAGAGAACAGCAAAAGAGAAUGACAGGAUGUUAAUGGAGGAAAUAUUUUCAUGGCAAGCUCAGAAACUGAAGUGUUUCUAUUCAGAAUCAGACGAGCUUUAAUAUGAAUUUGCAUCUUGCCUCUGUACUGCUUGCUAUUUUUUAAUGAUAGGAGAAAGCAUAACAGUUUAUUUUAAAUAUGAAAUAUAUUGAUAUAUUAUAAAAUAUAUUGUAACUUUCAACUAACAUUUUGUAUCAAACUAGUGUUUAGCAGGUUGACUGUCAGCCCGCUCUCCCAGUGACUGUUUCUGAGUACACAUCACUGUUAAUGAUUGCCAGGCACCCAGACCAAGGGUCCUCCUACCACAGCCUACUGAACUGCCAUGUUCUAAUUCUCCCAGGCCUGAGUAUUAGAGACAAAAGAACAUUAUUCCAAGCUUGGAAAAAUAAUUCUACCCUAAGUUCUAUCAAGCCAUUUGAGAAGAGAUUCUAAAAGCCAUCACUUUAGUAGCUGUGCAAACCAGUUUAAUAAAAGUGCAGGCUCUUUCUAUAUAAAUCCAAAGGCCUCAUUACGUAAAUUAUGUAAGUCUCAAACUCAGCCAACCAACUUUCCUUUGACAAUGUCAGAAUUGGGUAUAAGGAAGAGUCCUGUUUUCCUGUAACUGAAAAUGCUCAAAAUUCUAGCCAUUCGGAGUUUCUCUGUGUAAGUGAAACCGGGGUUGGCUUUCCAGUCUACACAAGGCCCAACAGGAGUCCAGUGUGCAGAUGUGCUUUUCUAAGUUGGCCGUACCCGUGAGGGAGCAAGGUUCCCACACGUUUAUCAACAACAUGGAGCCAAGCUCCUAAGGGAGUGAUGGGAGGAGCCAGCAGGACAUGAACAGCCAGAGCCAGCAAAGAGCUGGGCUGCCUUUUUUGCUAGCUUCCUCUAGCUGGGAGGAAAUAAAGAGUUCCCAUUGAGAUAUUGUCCUUUAUGGCAAAAUUAAGCAACUCAUGGAAUCCACAGCCCCCUUUCUCUGUAGAGCAGCUGAGACACACAUGUGGAAGUUCUCAGUUCCCUCCUUCGUAUGGCUAAGGCCCUCCUUCUAGAUGAAAACAGGAUGUGUGUGGUUACAUGAAUCAGUGAGCCUCUUCUCACCAAGGACCCUCACUUGCUAUUGUCGCUUUGGUGUGAUAUUGUACAGGUGCGAACCAGGUUGCACUGGGGCAGGUUCAACUGAGCUUGUGUGUCUCUUCCCUUCCCAAACCCUGGAAAUUCACAUCGAUUUACAGACAGUGCAAAACAAGUUUUCUCCUGGGAAAAGGCUGGAAUCCUCUCAAAUUUCAAUUUAUGUCAGCUUAAAGGUAGAUAAGUCUUGGGCCUCAAUGACAGUAGCUAUUCAUGCUGUCUGAAAGAGAAAUGUCUAAAGGCCCGUUUCCAGGCUGUUUGUGUAACUGAGCCCUAACUCGCACACAGUUUUCUUUUUAUGGAGCUAAAUUCUUCAGUAUCUGUAUUUUACUCCUCAGUUGUAUGUUAGGCUGAGCUCCACUAAAGCCAUCUGAACUCCAGGGCACCUGUUUUUAUAAGGUUACUUACUCAUCAGAUAAUGGAAAUUAGCCUAUUUUCAAUUUUACAAUUGAUCGAUGAAUGUAUUGUGGUAAUUGAUUUAUUUCUUAACAUUUUUCUGCUACUAAAUGCGUUUUUCUUUUAGUUUUUCCUUCUAACAUUGCUCAGACUAAGACUUACAUUUAUAAAGAGCAAAUAUAUUCUGACCUAUCCCCUCAAAGUUGUAUUCCAGCUAGAAUCAAGGAUAUAAAUGCAAAUUCAUCAUUUGGGGAAAGCAGACCCCUUGACAGUAAUUCAAGUCCAUGGCUACCUGCUAACCCUUGCUACUCAAAGUGUGGUCCACAGACCGGCAGCGUUGGCGCCAUCUGUAAGUUUGUUAGAAAUGCACAAUUCUCAGGCCCCACACAAAACCUUCUUCAUCAGAACUGGGCUUUUAACAAAUCCCCAGGUGACCUGCGUGCACCGGAAAUACUGAUAAGCGCUGGCCUCACCUCAGCACAGUGAUAACCAACCUCGUUAAUAAUUAGAGAAUGAAACUGUUUCUUCCUGGCCUCAUUUACAGAAUUAUUUGAUGAUACGAAGGUUCUGAAUGAUCAUAAGGAUAAAAACAAAUGCAUCUUAAAGUUCCACUUGAGGCUAUGUAGCUUGAAUGGUCUACAUAAAACAUAAUAAAAUCAGUAAGAGAGAGUCUUUUUCCGGUCUUGUCUAAACAGCAGCCACUUCAUAGCCUUGAGCCACCUCGAAGCCCCUGUUUUUAAGUUUUAGUCUUUUUUUUUUUUUAGCCUAGGCUACCAGGGCAUCAGAAUAUCAGGUGGAACCUCAGGGCAUGUCCUCUGGAAGGCUACAGGGGUCUCUGCUUAGCAUAGUGCAGGAAUUGUUGUGUUUUUUCAUCCCUGUGUUCUUUCCUUGAGGAACUCAGCAGCUCACCAGAACUCUCCUCCCCUAGAAGAAACUAGCAAGAGAAGUUAGUUUAACCAGCUCGAAACAUCCCUAAUCUCCUUUAAAGCCAAUUCUCUUAUUCAUUGCACCAACAAGAAACACUCCAAGGUGGGCAAGAAAAGAUGUGAAUUCUGAUCAUUGGCGCCAUAACUUGAUAUGUACCCAGAAACAGUUACGCUCUAAAUUAAUGGCUUUAACCUGUUCAUUGUAAAAAGUGCCUUGGACUUCAAUCUAAAGAGGUCAGUAUAAAUAUGUAUGUGUGUGACGUGUAUGUAGGCAAAUAUUUAGAUUUAUACAUACAUAGGUGCACACACAUAAACCCGCACAUUCAUAUAAAAUAUAUACAUACAUAUAUAAAUGCUUCAUAAUAUAUCAUAUUGCUAUUCACCGCUCCAUUUCUUUGGUCUGGUCCUAUGUUUAUUUGUUUAGUGAGACCUUUACAUAGAGAGGUUCUAUUCAGAACAUUGAUGUAUUUUUUGUUUGUUUUUUACUUUUUAUUAAAAAGGUAAAGGAUAUUAAAAAAAAAAAAAAAAAGUCAAGUGCCUGAAGGUUUUGAAUGGAGUUACGGUAAACUUUCUCAGGUCACCAAAGAGGAAACUGAUUUUUCCCUUGGAAAACGUUUUUCUGUUUCACUGACUGUUUUCCCUUGGUGGUAAUGCAUAAAUAAGAGUGGUUAAAGUGGUUUCGUAAGUUUUAUUUCAGUCCAUUUCUGUGGUUCCCAUAAGGCAACAGCUGAAAAUUUGUUCAGUCUAGUGCCCAGUCUUCUCCACACAUCAGCAUCAGAAGCGCCCGGUCUUCACAUGCUGUGCGUGGUUUUAUUCUCAUUGUGUUGUGUUCCUGACUAAGGGAAGGCAAAUGAAACUGCAGGGGCUGGAGCUUAGAUCAGCUCCAAAUAUGGCUUCCUUUUGGUAACAUACACAGAAGGUGGACUAGAGGGAAAUCUCUCUCCCUGAAUCAGGUGGGAACCUGUGUCUUGGAAGGCAGAGGAGUCCUAGCGAACUCUUCACAGCUCCAUGGGCCCUGCCUACCUAAAUCAUACAGCUGCCUGUAUGAUCAGCCUUUCUCUACGUUAGCUGAAGGUCUUCUAUUACGAUGGUGUGACAGCUUGUAACGAAACUAUGUGCUCUGGUUAGAAGUCGCUAGAGCUCCAGAAAGAGUCGCCAGAUUUCCGUUGCUGUGCUCAAAGCUCAAGGGCAUAUUAUAAUUCAAACCAACUAAAUCUCUCCAGCUCCCUGCCCCCAUGGUGACACUUUCGUAAUAGGCAAGGCCAAGUCAGAGAGGUCAUGCCCUGUAUACAGUGUCAAUCAAAAGAGACACUGCAAAAUGUCAGAGGGGACCAGAAACACAACAGAUCGCUCCAGCUGUCCUCACAGCUGCAGGCACACUUGUGGAAUUGUGAGUAGGAAGGCCUGGCAGCCAGGGGAUGGGAAAUGAAUUUCCCCAAGUUGAAAACCCUGUACCCUCACUUUCCUUCCCAUAAACUUUUCUGUAGUUCUAGGCAAACAAUAAUAAUAUUGAUGCGAAUUAGGUGCUUUAGAAAGAGUAUGUAAUAUUUGGGACUUUUUCGAAGUUGGUAGACCUAAAAAAUGUUUCCAAAAAUAUAUCUAGCUGCAUUUCUACUGCUGUCAUUCCUUAAAGCUCUCCUCCAAAAAUUCCAUAUGAAUGAAUACAUUUACCAACUCAGUGAUUACUGAAUAAUAACACUUUAUACUUAUACACAGUCAUACCUUUCAUCUAAGGACCUCAAAUGCCAAUAAAUUAGUCCUCGCCCUGUGAGGUGGAUGACAUAUCAUUCCCAUUAUUCCGAUGGGAAAAUUGGGCCAUAGAAAACUGAGGAGCAAAUGACUCAUCUACAGGAACGAAAUUGACAAAACAGCCUAGGAUUUCUCAGCACACUUUGGGAGUGAACGAAAACAUAGAGGCUUCAGUUCUACUGCUGGUCACCAUUGGAUUUGUAAGAUCCAGGAUGUGUGUUGACCACAUGCGUCCAGACCCAGGCUUAGGGCAUCGGGAAUGAGAGUGGUGGGCUGGUGUGUGGGUCUGAGGAUCUGGAUGGGAGACUGCAUUUCCUCUGUGCGAAGUAUGGGAGUGUGAUCUUGAAGGUGGGCUUAGUCUAUGGCCUUCCCCACUCCCUCUUGAACUGAAGCUGGAGAGAAUGGGCAUUUUUAAAUGUUGUGGCGUAUGCUGAUAUAAUAUGAUGGCAUUAAAUAAAAACGAGAAGAGAACUGACUAAAACCAAAA